AUACAUAACACAUUAAUUAACAAAAUAACAUCAAACUAAACACUCUCUCCCAAUCUAAAAACGUUAAUAUAAACCCAACAUAGUCCAUUUUUCUCACAAAAAACAAAUCCAGCCAGAAAGAAAAAUAGCCACCACCGCUUCUGUCCCUGUCUCUCUGUCCAUCUUGUUUGAUUCUCUCCCCCCAUCGAAACACUCAAUCGGGUCUCCCUUCACCGCCUUCUUCUGAUCGGAGAUAUGGGUAUCCUCUGCCGUUCUUCCCACACCUCCCAGUCUCACAUCACUGAAAUCAUCAUCACCAGUUUCUUUCGCCAUAAGUCUUAGAUCUUUCACUCCUUCCUUCUACAUAUACCUCGUACCUAUACCCAUGGCACGUUAAGAUAACAAAAACAAAAACAAAAACAAACUUCCUUGAAUUUACCUUUGUUUUAUAUACAUGGCUGGUGAAAGACUCUUCACAAAUUCUCCUGCAAGUAAUUCAAACAUGAAUACUUUGUUUCAUAGUCAACAACAAAACACUUCUCAACAACCUCUUGAUUCUCUCUUUCUUUCUUCUUCUCUUCCUUUCUUCGGUUCAAGAACUAUGGUGAGUUUUGAAGAUGCUCAAGGAGGAAGGAAAAGGUGCAACAGUUAUCUCUUCAACGGAUUCGAUCUAGACGAAAACGGAGACGAUGAGAUGGAUGACUACUUUCAACAAUCGGAGAAGAAGCGGCGACUCUCCGUGGAACAAGUUCAGUUUCUUGAGAAAAGCUUUGAGGUUGAGAACAAGCUUGAACCGGAUAGGAAAACCAAGAUUGCUAAAGAUCUCGGUUUGCAGCCACGGCAGGUUGCUAUUUGGUUUCAAAACCGUCGUGCAAGAUGGAAGAACAAGCAGCUUGAGAAGGAUUAUGAAUCUCUUAAUGAUAGUUAUGAGUCUCUUAAGACUGAUUAUGAUAACAUCCUCAAGGAGAAACAUAGGUUACAAUCUGAGGUGGAAAGUCUCUCUAAGAAGGUACUUGCAAGAGAGACUCAAGAGAGGGAAAGUGAAACAAAGAAACUAUUGCAGGAACCAGUAAUGAAUAAGCCAUUGGUUGAUUCAGUUUCUGAGGGUGAAGGAUCAAAGUUGUCGAUUGUUGAGGCUUGUAAUGAAAGUAAUCAUAAUAAUAAUAGCAGACAAGAAGAUAUAAGUUCAGCAAGGAGUGACAUAUUGGAUUGUGACAGUCCAUGUUACAAGGAUAGAGUGUUGCAGAGAAAUGUGUUUGAACCUGAAUAUCAAUCAGACCUAUCACAAGAUGAUGAAGAUAAUUUGUUGCCUCCUUAUAACAUCUUUACAAAACUUGAAGAUGCUCAUUACUCCAACCCGCAUCAUAACUCGUCUGGUUAUGGAUUUCAAGAGGACGACCAUCAUCAUCACGCUCUUUGGUCGUGGUCCGGUUACUAGGUGGACGUUUGGAUUCAAAGAAAACAUGACAGAAUCACAGUGAUUUCAGAUACUGAAUAGAUUCAUGUCCAUCUUGUUGUUGCUGUUGUUGUAAUAUGCAUAUAUGUAUCUUUGAUUAUGUUUAGUAUUUACCUUUUUUGUGAAGAGUUCUAAAAGUGAGUGAGUGUGUGCGUAAUAAAGUGAGAACAAUGGCAACUUGGCAACAAUAUUCAUUUCGUACCUGAAAUGGUUGUGGCUUUUUAAGGAUAGAAAUGGCGGAUUUUGUACCC